CACUCGCCGCAGCUCCCGGCAUCCGCGCGCACCGCUCCCUCCUUCUUAGCCAAGCGUUCCCGGGCCCGCAAUGGCCCUUUAAAAGGCAGAGUCUAGUCCAGAGGGGGCGGGCGGGGGGCGCUGACCGCCGUCCGAGGCCCGGCCCCUCCUCCCUGCCCCUCCCUCGGUCCGUCCCUCCCUGGGUCCCCGCGUCGCUCGCCCCCUCGUUCGCUCGCCGGGCGCACGCUCCGCCUCCGUCAGUCGGCUCGGCUGUCUAGCGCGCAGCGUGGAGCCGGAGCCGGGGCCGGACGCGCUGCUAGGGGCUGGGGGCUGGGAGAUCGGCGCCCGCCACCGGGCCAGGCCUGAGCCGCGAUGGCUGAGAUGGGCAGCAAGGGGGUGACGGCAGGGAAGAUCGCCAGCAACGUGCAGAAGAAGCUCACGCGCGCGCAGGAGAAGGUCCUCCAGAAACUGGGAAAGGCGGAUGAGACAAAGGAUGAGCAGUUUGAACAGUGUGUCCAGAAUUUCAACAAGCAGCUGACUGAGGGCACUCGACUGCAGAAGGAUCUCCGGACCUACCUGGCCUCAGUCAAGGCCAUGCACGAGGCCUCCAAGAAACUGAAUGAAUGUCUGCAGGAGGUGUACGAGCCCGACUGGCCUGGCAGGGAUGAAGCCAACAAGAUAGCUGAGAACAAUGACCUCCUCUGGCUGGAUUACCACCAGAAGCUGGUGGACCAGGCGCUGCUGACCAUGGACACAUACCUGGGCCAGUUCCCUGACAUCAAGUCACGUAUUGCCAAGCGCGGGCGGAAGCUGGUGGACUAUGACAGUGCCCGGCACCAUUACGAGUCCCUCCAAACCGCCAAAAAGAAGGAUGAAGCCAAAAUUGCCAAGCCUGUCUCGCUGCUUGAGAAAGCUGCCCCCCAGUGGUGCCAAGGCAAACUGCAGGCUCAUCUCGUAGCUCAAACUAACCUGCUCCGAAAUCAGGCAGAGGAGGAGCUCAUCAAAGCCCAGAAAGUGUUUGAGGAGAUGAAUGUGGAUCUGCAGGAAGAGCUGCCAUCCCUGUGGAACAGCCGUGUAGGUUUCUAUGUGAACACAUUUCAGAGCAUUGCGGGCCUGGAGGAGAACUUCCACAAGGAGAUGAGUAAGCUCAACGAGAGCCUCAACGAUGUGCUGGUCAGCCUGGAGAAGCAGCACGGGAGCAACACCUUCACAGUCAAGGCCCAGCCCAGAAAGAAAACUAAACUGCUCUCCCGGCUGCUCAGAAAGAAGAACAGUGACAACGCCCCUGCAAAAGGGAACAAGAGCCCUUCGCCUCCGCCCGAUGGCUCCCCGGCUGCCACCCCAGAGAUCAGAGUCAACCACGAGCCUGAGCCACCUAGCUCGGCCACAGCCGGGGCAUCCCUCCCCAAGUCCCCAUCUCAGCUCCGGAAAGGGCCACCAGUCCCUCCGCCUCCCAAACACACCCCGUCCAAGGAGGUCAAGCAGGAGCAGAUCCUCAGCCUGUUUGAUGACACGUUUGUCCCUGAGAUCAGCGUGACCACCCCCUCCCAGUUUGAGGCCCCGGGGCCUUUCUCGGAGCAGGCCAGUCUGCUGGACCUGGACUUUGACCCCCUCCCACCUGUGGCGAGCCCUGUGAAGGCACCCACACCCUCUGGUCAGUCAAUUCCAUGGGACCUCUGGGAGCCCACAGAGAGUCCAGCUGGCAGCCUGCCUUCCAGGGAGCCCAGCGCUGCCGAGGGCACCUUUGCUGUGGCCUGGCCCAGCCAGACAGCCGAGCCGGGGCCUGCCCAACCAGCGGAGGCCUCGGAGGUGGCGGGUGGGACCCAACCUGCGGCUGGAGCCCAGGAGCCCGGGGAGACAGCAGCAAGUGAAGCGGCCUCCAGCUCUCUCCCUGCGGUGGUGGUAGAGACCUUCUCAGCAACUGUGAACGGCACCGUGGAGGGUGGCAGCGGGGCGGGACGCUUGGACCUGCCCCCGGGGUUCAUGUUCAAGGUGCAGGCCCAGCAUGACUAUGUGGCCACCGACACGGAUGAGCUGCAGCUCAAGGCUGGUGACGUGGUGCUGGUGAUCCCCUUCCAGAACCCUGAGGAGCAGGAUGAAGGCUGGCUCAUGGGCGUGAAGGAGAGUGACUGGAACCAGCACAAGGAGCUGGAGAAAUGCCGGGGCGUCUUUCCGGAGAACUUCACCGAGCGGGUUCAGUGAGGGCAGCAGCUGGUGCAGCUCUCUGGGCGUGUGAACACCUUUUCCC